GCCGGGCCGGGCCGGGCAGGAGGCGCGGAGCUCCGGGCCAUGGUGGGGAUCCCGGGGAGCUGCCAGUUUGCUGGUGAGAAGAGGGUGCCAGUGAUGCCCGGAUCGCCCGUGGAAGUGAAGAUACAGUCCAGGUCCUCUCCUCCCAACAUGCCGCCGCUGCCCCCCGUCAACGCCGGCGGCCCCCGGCCCGUGUCCUUCACUCCGACUGCACUGCCCAACGGAAUAAACCAUUCCCCCCCGACACUGAACGGGGCCCCAUCCCCACCCCAGAGGUUCAGCAACGGCCCUUCCUCAUCCUCCUCCUCCUCACUGACCAACCAGCAGCUCCCAGCCACGUGUGGAGCCCGGCAGCUCAGCAAGCUGAAGCGCUUCCUGACCACCCUGCAGCAGUUUGGGAAUGACAUCUCCCCAGAGAUCGGGGAGAAGGUCCGGACCCUCGUUCUGGCCCUCGUGAACUCAACGGUGACAAUCGAGGAAUUUCACUGCAAGCUGCAAGAGGCGACCAACUUCCCCCUCCGGCCAUUUGUGAUCCCCUUCCUGAAGGCCAACCUCCCUCUGCUGCAGCGGGAGCUGCUGCACUGUGCCCGCGCUGCCAAGCAAACGCCCUCCCAGUACCUGGCACAGCACGAGCACAUCCUGCUCAACACCAACACCACGUCUCCCGCUGACUCCUCCGAGCUGCUCAUCGAGGUCAAUGGCAAUGGCAAGAGGCACAGUCCAGACAGGAGGGAAGACAGCAGCUUUGAGAGGGAGCCGCUGCCAACAGAGCCUCCGGCCAAGAGGGUUUGCACCAUCAGCCCCGCGCCCCGGCACAGCCCUGCCCUCACCAUCCCCCUGAUGAACCCCAGCGGGCAGUUCCACCCCACCCCACCACCCCUCCAGCACUACACCUUGGAAGAUAUUGCCACCUCCCACCUCUACAGGGACCCCAGCAAGAUGCUGGAGCACAGAGAGAUCCGAGACAGGCACAGUGGGCUUGGGUUGAAUGGAGGCUACCAGGACGAGCUGGUGGAUCACCGCCUGACAGAGAGGGAGUGGGCAGAUGAGUGGAAGCAUCUCGAUCACGCCCUGAACUGCAUCAUGGAGAUGGUGGAGAAGACGCGGCGCUCCAUGGCGGUGCUGCGGCGCUGCCAGGAGGCCGACAGGGAGGAGCUCAACUACUGGAAGCGGCGCUGCUCCGAGACGGCCGAGCCGCGCAAGGCGGGCGCCGAGCUGCUCAGCCGCCAGCACAGCCCCGCCAGCGCCGACUCCGCGGGCAGCGAUUCCCUGCGGGAGUUCAGCAGCAGGUCGGGAACGGGCUACGUCACGGAGGAGAUUUGGAAAAAAGCCGAAGAAGCUGUGAACGAGGUGAAGCGGCAGGCCAUGUCGGAGGUGCAGAAGGCGGUGGCCGAGGCGGAGCAGAAGGCGUUUGAGAUGAUCGCGUCGGAGCGGGCGCGCAUGGAGCAGACCAUCGCCGACGCCAAGCGCCAGGCCACCGAGGAUGCCUUCCUCGUCAUCAACGAGCAGGAGGAGUCCACCGAGAGCUGCUGGAACUGCGGCCGCAAGGCCAGCGAGACGUGCAGCGGCUGCAACAUCGCCCGGUACUGCGGCUCCUUCUGCCAGCACAAGGACUGGGAGAGGCACCACCGCAUCUGUGGGCAAGGCCUGCACGGCCAGAGCAAGCCCCUGGGCCUGCCCACGGGCCGGGUGGCAGCGGCGGCCAAGAGCCUCGAUGGCAUCCCCAGCCCAGCCCUGGAGAAAACCUCGGCCACCACCUCGCGCUCCUCCACGCCAGCAUCCGUGACAGCCAUAGACACGAACGGACUCUAGGAGGGAGGCUUUGCUUCACUCCCCUGGAUGAGUUUCCCUGGGUUUUUUUAAGCUGAAAAAGCCCCUGCAGCAACUGUUACCACUUGACAAAUUUGAUGUAUCGGAAUGCCGACACUCCGGCUUUGCCCUCUCAUCCUGCCCUUUCCUUUGUGGCUCGUGAACUGGGGUGAGCCUCACCUGCAGCAUCUCCCUGCUCCUCUCAGGGGGACACCAGAGCAGCGUCAGGACCUGAGGGACACUGGGCACCCGCUCAGGGGACCUGGACUGGGGCAGAGCGCUGGCACGCGCCGGAGAUGCUGAGAGUGUGGUGCCCAAGCAGGGAGCCCUGUCCCUGUGGCAUGCUCAGGCUCGCUUCCCAAGGUGUCAGAGCCACCACUGCUCCUCCUGGCACCUUUCCUCCAUAACACCCAGCGUUUGUUCCCUGCUCCCAGGCAGCUGUGCCUCAGGUGGCUGUGUGGGCCUGUUGUUGCUGUGAACAGACCAGAGCCAAUUUCCCAGCAGGAGCAUCUCAUCCUCUGCAAUGGCCAAAGCUGAGCCCACUUCUGCCUCCAGGCUGGCAGCUGAGGGUUGCAGAGAGGGAGGAGAGGAUUUGUCUGCUAUAAAACAAGAGGCAGUGGCAGGGA